GCUCCGGGUGUGGCCCCCUAAGAGAACCAUCCGCUUCGGUUUGGGCACCCGAGCAGUAUCACAGCUCUCGCACAAACCAAAUGAGAUUUUUUGGCGCAUAUGUAUUUGGUGCCUCCUUGUACCAAUAUCCAUGUGUUCAAAUCAUAACAAUACUGUCAAAUCAUAUAACUGAGUGUUUCGUAAACUCUCUGCUAACCUAUCUUUAGUUAACAUCUUGUGGUUUUUUGUUACGUUAUUUUGAAAUUUACAAAACCAUAUACGCAGAAGUUCUUAAGUGUCGAAUAUUUCUAACAAUGAUAGGUAUUUUAACCGUCCUAUUAAUCACUGAUGCGGUAAACACAUUACGUCUUAAGGGGAAAUGGAAUCCAUCCAACAGAUAUUUGUUUUUGACAAAGUUUGGCUUUCAACGGACUCAAGUUGAUGAACUUGAGGCCACAAGGGGUUAUAUUUAUGGGACAGUGAAGCUAGAAAACGUGUCAAAUACACAUAAUUUGACAGACCUUGCUACAUUGGUUUUGGUUGACGGUGAGUUCAUUAUGGAUCUUUAUGGAAACGCCACAGAAUCAAUAUGGACACAAAAUGUAACUGGUACGACAUAUCAGGAAAGUCAGUGGCUCAUAGAAACUGAACGUUGCAACAAAAUGUUUGAUAAAAUCAACUCUCUUGCUUGGCACAAAACGUGUUCCCCCACAGGAGAAAUGGAUUUACUUCGAUCCGUACCCUGUUCUUCAUCUGGGCUUUGCGCGGAGGAGGAUGAUCCUGAAAGUGUAGUACCGAAUUCACAAUUUACUUUUAUUGUGCAAGACCUUCGGCAACCACGUUAUUGGUAUUUGAGUUUGGUCGCAUGUAAACGUAAUUUAACUACAUGUAAAUGGGAGACUACUGCAAUUCCUCGUCAUUCAAAUUCAUCAUUAUCAUCGUCAUUAACUUAUUCCUUAUUAACAGUGAUUUAUGAUAUAUGGCUUGUUAAUGGUGAACCAAAAUUACAGUCUUUCAAUCAAUUUGAACAUCAUUUCUCUUUUGAAACACAUGGAAUCGCACAAAUGUUUUUUAUAUUUCUGUCACUCUAUAUUAUUUUGAAUAUAACAACACAUAUCAAACUGGCCAACAACCGUUCACUUCAUGUUUGCCUCUACCUUACUCAUCUUUGGUUGGCUAGUCUGGGAACACUGUUGGCUGCUGUUCACUGGGGUGUUUUUUCAUUCGAUGGUCUGGGACUAGGUCUGAUUUCAGAGCUGGGAACAGUAAUUACACAAUGGGCAGACUCAGUGUUCCUAGCUGUCCUAUUGUGUACAUGUCAAAUGGGUUUCAGUCCUCAAUGUCCGUCAAUCGCAUUCCAAUCUUGUGAUACUUCCAAAGCUCUUCGUCCACCAACCUCCAAAGUUUUUUCCACUUUACCAACCGGAUUCCUCCAUCUUGGUAAAUUUAGUCAUAAAUUGUACAGUUACGAUCCUAUCCAAGAAAAGAUUUAUGCUAGGCCAUCAACUAAUCAGGAAAAGUCCACAUCAUUUUGGCCAUAUGUAAUUUUAUUGGUUACUCUGUUGGUCGGAGUCAAAACUUUACUGUAUAUAUGGGCUAUGUUUGAUAGAGACCCUGUAAUCGAUUUUUCUGUUUGGAAUACAGUACCUGGUUGCUUAUUGUUAGCCUUAAGAAUUUGCCUAGUGUUCUGGAUAUUAGUAGUUGUAGGACGCAGGCAUUUUAUAGCACAGAUUUGCUCUGAGUCGUACAAUAUGGAUCUAUGUAUCUUGGGGCCAAAUAUUAAUACAAUGCAAUUUGCCGCUGGUUAUCUCCUGUGGAUUGUUAUCUUACCAUUAGUAGUGUUUAUCGGUGAGACGAGUGUAUCUCCCUUGUGGCGAACAAAAACUAUAUCAAUAAUAUGCUUCUCUACUGAUUAUGUUGCGGCUGUUGCGUACGCUUGUCUUUUAUGGCGUUCGAACUCACUUUUGGAUGAAAACGUGUUGGGUCAUCGUUGCUCAAUGUAGCUUUAUUCUUCCCUUCCUUUCUGUUUUCCUACCCUCUCCUCUCUGUUUGAAUCCUGAAAAUCAUUUUGAUGUUUAUUAUAUUCUACACUGUUAUUAUUAUUAUUGCCUUUUUAUUUUCAGUCUAUCUGUUAAAUUUGUGCAUUAUCAACAGAUCUAUACAGAUGCUUCAGAAAUAUGAUUUUUUAAGCGUUGUUUUUUGUAUUGAUACCAUGUGGAUUAUAUUCAUUAUUUGCUAUUUUGGAAUUUCAAGAUGUAUGUUCAUUGGUUUCUUCAUUCUUUAUUUCCAUGUUCACAUUAGUGGAUUGCCAAUCCUUUUUUUCCUCAGUGUUUUUUGUUAUUUAUAUAUUUGCUCACAAUUAGUUUUGUGACUAGUGAUUGCAUAACAGAUAAGUGGAUUUUGGUCUCCUCACUUUAUGUACUAUUUAACUAUGACAGUGGUAAUAUGACUUAACUUUAAAUAUAAUGUACAUUUUUAAAAAUUUCGGUGAACAGUUCACAAUACACGUAAUAUAUUAUUACUUUGUACAUUUUCGGAUUAUAGUUUAUUUAUUAAAUUGUGUUCAUUUGCAAUAGUGUGUUCAACUGAUGGAGAAGCAGUUUAUUUAGUACAAUUAUUAUCAUAUGUGCUUCAUAGAGAAAGGCACAUUGUACAAAUGUAUUCUCUAUAGUAGGCUGUUUUUUAGAGUUAACCACCAUUUAACCAAUGAAAAUAUACUAACAUCUAGUAUAAUUUAUUUCUCGGUCAUAUAAAUGAAAAGUGGUGUACAAGUAAUACGUUUUUAAAGCUAAUUUUAUCCAACAUAUCGACUGUUCUUAUUACAUUACUCAGGUUUCCAAAACUAGUCAGAAACUGACUAAUAAAAGCGAACAAAGCCGCUUGCUUUUAAGUUAUGAAUGUACUAGUCUUAAAUAAGUUGAUUAUUUAGGGGUAUACCAUUCUGUUUAAUCGCCUCAUAGUACAGACAGACCUAAUUUUGUUGGUCAGGUUAGAGUCCCUUAAAAUAACAAUCCGUCUUGACUUCAGACACACUUUAUUAAAUGGUACUGAUUAGCGCGAAACCUAGUUCUUGGAGUUCCUGUUGAUUGCUUCCAGCCACCUAGGAUAAUCAGGGUUUUGCUUUGAUGGCAUACUUAAAUACCACUGUGUGUUCAUAAAACGUUAAGGUAAUUAAUCAUGAAAUGGGUUAAAUAUAAUAGGAAAUACAUCAAAAAAUCAUACAGAUAAAGAAUCUGUUAAUUAAAGAGGGGAAGGGGUUUGACGAUCAAGCAAAAAUAGGUCUAUAAGGUAUGAUUGCAAUAAAUUGAUCAAAUG